AUGCUUGAACUUGAACGACGAAACAUCUUACCACAACAUCAAGCUGGCUUCAGACCAGGAAAAAGCACAGUAUAUAACAUCGUGCGAUUAGAACGAUAUGCUGAAGGACAACUAAGACGACCUAGUCGAAGACGUCACUCAGCUGCCAUUCUUUUCGACAUCAAAGCUGCUUUUGAUUCAGUAUGGCACGAUGGUUUGAUAUACAAAUUAAAUGAUUAUCGUCUUCCUCGUUACAUCAUUAAUUAUCUUAUCUCUUUCUUACAAAAUAGAACUGCUGCAAUUGAAAUCGAAAAUGUUUUAUCUCGUCCAUUCAAUUUAAAGAGCGGUACUCCACAAGGAUCUCCAUUAUCACCAUUAUUAUAUAUUAUAUAUACGGCAGAUUCGAUGAAUGGAAUACCGACUCAUACAGAACAUGGGUUAUUCGCCGAUGAUACAGCUUUAUGGACAUCAGGAAACACCAUGACAAUCCUUAAUACAAGCGCCUAUCCAGCUGGUCUCUUACGAAUGUCGGCUGGUACCCUAUCCAUAUAUCUACGUAUGUUUCUCAACAAUGAAUUACCAGUUCUUCGUCCACAGUCGAUUGCUGCAAUGCGAACAAUAGUUGGCGGUGGUGUCAUACCAUCGUACGAUCCACAGUGGAGCAAUAAAUCUAUGGAACUGCCACCAUCACAAGAAUUUGGCCUUAGUUGGUAUUGGGAAACGAUGAAAGAUGGUCGCCGAUACAUUGGCCAUAGUGGUGCACUGCCAGGCAUGUCACAUUUGAUGUUGGUCAAUGAAAAGAAUACUUUGGGUGUAAUUCUUCUUUCGAAUAUAGAAGGCGAUUUACCAGGAUACCUGUUACCAGACAUAUUUGAGGUGAUAGAAAAUAUUCACAUGUCACUUUUUCAAUGUUUCGACGUCGAUCUUGUUGACACGUCUGCUAGUCAUACUGAAGGAACUCAUAUUAGAUUCUUUAUUGUUCUUCUACUUUUUCACUCUUUGUUUAUAUGUUAAAUGUUUGUUUACCUAUAGACUGCUCUCUUUUAUAAAACGCAUCUAAACUAGUAGUAAUCACCAUCUAGCACUGAAAAACUUUCUUGAUGUUAUUU